AUGUCGUUCAAAGGUAUCAAAAAGUCUAUUGUGCGAGCUCCGCAGACUUUCCGUCAAAAAAUGAAUAUGGGAGAAAUAACUCAAGACCCAGUUUAUCAAGAUGCCGAAAGAAGAUUCAGAGAGAUUGAAAUAGAAACUAAGAAAUUGAGUGAUGAGUCCAAAAAAUAUUUCCAGGCAAUUAGCGGUAUGCUUGAAGAUCAAAUUGAGUUUUCCAAGGCAAUUGAAGAGAUCUAUAAGCCAAUUAGUGGUAAAUUAUCCGAUCCCUCUUUUACUGUGCCCGAGGAUAAUCCACAGGGUAUAGAAGCAGCAGAACAGUAUCGAGAAUUGGUCAACUCCUUGAAGGAAACCUUGAAACCGGAUUUGGAGUUGAUAGAAAAAAGAAUUGUUGAGCCUGCACAGGAACUAUUGACGAUUAUUGCCGCAAUCAGAAAAAUGGCCACCAAAAGAGAUCACAAGCAAUUGGAUUUGGAUAGACACAAAAGAACGUAUGCAAAGUAUGAGCUGAAGAAGGAAAAAUCAGUGAAAGAUGAAGAGAAAUUGUAUAAUGCUCAAGCAGAAGUCGAGGUUGCUCAACAAGAAUUCGAUUACUAUAAUGAAAUGUUGAAGAAUGAACUUCCUGUUUUGUUUCAAAAGCAAAGUGACUUCAUCAGCCCUUUGUUUGUGCUGUUUUACUAUAUGCAAUUAAAUAUAUUCUAUCAAAUGUACACCACCUUGGAAGAGAUGAAAAUCCCUUAUUUCAACAUAUCACCAGACAUUGUUGAAGCUUAUCAAUUGAAAAAGGGAGACAUUGAAGAAAAAACUGACGCUCUUACUAUUACCCAUUUCAAAGUUGGCCAUGCAAAGUCGAAAUUGGAAUUGGCUAAAAAACGGCAUGCUGCAUCAUCCAAUAGUCCUACAUCGUCUCAUGAACUUCCGACUUAUCAAGAAAACCAUGAGGGAUACAAUCCGGAUUACAAAGGCACCCCUUAUGCGUCACCAACAACACCAACAACAGCGGCAGCGGCAGGAUCAGCAUCAGCUGGCAAUUAUAGCUAUCAAUCUCCAUCUGGGGCACAACAACAGGCCUACCCAUCGCAACAGGCUUUUGGGCAAACAGCGGGUUUAUCCGCACCACCAGCUUACAUCAGCACUCCACCUCCAACAUCUCCAGAAGUUUGUAUUGCAUUAUAUGAUUACACUGCCCAGGUUCAAGGUGACUUGUCGUUCCCUGCAGGUGCCACAAUUGAAGUUAUUAACAAAGAUGAUCCUGGUUGGUGGUUGGGAAAAUACAACGGUGUCCAAGGUGUAUUCCCUUCGAAUUACGUCAAGCAAUAA